UUUCCUCCUCGCCUCCGCCUCCACCUCCGCCUCCUUCCUCCUCCCAGCUCCAAACCCAGGAAACCCUCCGCUCCCCUCCCCGCGCGGCGCCCUCUUCCCGCCGCCCAAAUCCCCACCGGAGCCCUAGCUCGAAGAAGUAGCAGCGCAGGAUGCCGCCGAAGAAGGCGCCGGCGAAGGCGGACCUGGCCAAGAAGCAGAAGGUCGUGGAGGACAAGACGUUCGGGCUCAAGAACAAGAACAAGAGCAAGGCCGUCCAGAAGUACGUCCAGCAAAUCAGCCAGUCCGGCCAGGUCAAGCCCGACGCAGCCAAGACCGCCGCCAAGAAGAAGAAGGAGGAGGAGAAGGCGCGCGAGAAGGAGCUCAACGAUCUGUUUAAGGUCGCCGUCAGCCAGCCCAAGGUCCCCGUUGGUGUCGACCCCAAGUCGAUACUUUGUGAGUUCUUCAAGGCUGGACAAUGCGUGAAGGGUUUUAAGUGUAAGUUCUCACAUGACCUGAAUGUCCAGAGGAAGGGUGAGAAGAUUGAUAUAUACAGUGACAAGCGCGAUGGAGAGGAAGAUACGAUGGAUGACUGGGAUCAGGAGACCCUUGAGAAGGUUAUCCAGUCAAAAAAUGCAGAGUACCAGCAGAACAAACCUACUGAUAUUGUUUGCAAGCACUUCCUUGAUGCUGUGGAGAAGAAACAGUACGGGUGGUUUUGGGUUUGCCCAAAUGGUGGCAAAGAGUGUCGCUACAGGCACGCCCUUCCGCCUGGCUAUGUACUUAAGUCCCAGAUGAAGGCCUUACUAGAGGAAGAGAGUCAGAAGGUCGCAAUUGAAGAUGAGAUCGAAGAUCAGCGCAAAAAGGUUCAAACCACGACCCCUAUGACUACAGAAUUGUUUAUGGAAUGGAAGAGGAGAAAGGCAGAAGAAAAAGAAGCUGGACUGGCUGCCUUGAGGGCAGAUAGGGCUAAGAAUGAUCGUAUGAGUGGUCGCGAGUUGUUCAUGGCCGAUGCAAGUGUGUUUAUUGAUGAUGCUGAAGCAUAUGAAGUUUAUGAAAGACGUGAAGAGCCGCAAGCUAGUCAAGAACAGGGCAAGAAAAGUCAGGAUGAGGGUCCAAGCUCAUCAACCUCUAAUGGCAAGGAGGGCGAUGAGGAGCUAGAUGAUGAAGAUAUGGAUGACGAUGAUGACCUAGACCUUGAUGAAUUAAAUGAACUGGAAGCAAGCCUGUCGAGAACUUCCAUUCAAAUUCGAGAACCAGGCGAGGGGACAUCAUCUUGAACAGGGAAGUAGCAUGGAUGGUCAUAUUGAGAAGUCAGCGCUCCAUUUUUGCGCUCCAGAUCGACCUAGUUGCUUUAGGAACACAAGGGUGGAGCAUAGAUGCAAGAGGACCCUAGUUUUAAGAGACUAUAUGAUCAUCAUCAGUUUUUGAGGGAGCAAUAUGAUUAAUUGGUGAUGCCUAGCAGUGUUAUGACCAGAUGACAAUCGAUAUUUCCUGUGUUGCCCAGUUGUGUUGUUGUCUUUGCAGGAGUUAUUUUGCUACUUGUGAAUAACAGCACCAAAGUUUUUUCUUGCCUUGCGCAAACCUAAAAGAUAAACUUUGUUGCGAACCUA